CCGCCCCUGCCAACAGACACUGCGGGGGCGCGGAAUUCUGGCGCUGGCGCGAUCCGGUCGCUCUUGGAUGACGUGCGAAUCUCCGCCAGCUGCCAGCAUGGAGGAGGCCGCGGCGGGAAGCGGCGGUGGUAGCAGCUCUGCCCGGGGACUGACUCUCGGGGAGCUGCUGGGGGACGAAUGUUAUGCUGAUUUUUUAAGAGAAGACUUUGAUGUAAAGACUUAUACUUCUCAAUCUAUUCAUCAAGCUGUGAUAGCUGAACAGUUAGCAAAACUUGCUCAAGGAAUCAGUCAACUGGAUAAAGAGCUUCACUUACAAGUAGUUGCAAGACAUGAGGACUUAUUGGCACAAGCAACUGGGAUUGGAUCUCUGGAAGGUGUCCUUCAAAUGAUGCAGACUAGAAUUAGUGCUCUACAAAGUACUGUUGACAGAAUAAGAGCGAAAAUCGUUGAUCCAUACAACAAAAUAGUGUCUCGCACAGCACAGCUAGCAAAGCUUCAGGCAGCCUGUGACUUGCUGCGGAGAAUAAUACGCAUCUUGUAUCUAAGUAAGAGACUUCAAGGACAGCUGCAAGGAGGAAGCAGAGAGAUAACAAAAGCUGCCCAGAGUCUCAAUGAACUUGGUAACUUGAACUCUUCCACUUUUUCCUCUGGACGAGAUCAUUCAGAAAAUACUAAGGUGGACAAAGAUUACAGUGCAAUCCAGAGAUUCUGCACAGCAUUUUCUGUGACUUUGCCCCAGCACCUUCUGACUUCCCUGGGCCUUGUUGACCAUGAGAAUCUGAUCACAAAUUCCGGCAGAAUUAUUCUUGAACAGUUGCGUAUGACAGAACAGAUUCUUGGAGCAGCUAAAUUCUCUGAAGAUGCCAUUUGCACUGAUCAUGCUCCAUCGUGGGGUGCAGAGACUUUUUUCCUGCAGUUGUUUCUCCUGACUGCUGGAGGUGGCUGUGAUACUGGCACUAGAAUUGAGAACCGAAAGACUGUUUCUCCUGUGCUCUGUUACAGUCCUCGCUCCCUCUUGUCCUGGGUCCCAGGUAGUAUGGAGGAGGAGCUGGAUUUAACCUGA